CCAUUUUAAGUCAUUUUAACAGUUCACAAUUUCAUAACCUAAUUGUUGAUAGUAAAAAAACUCGAUUAUAAAAAAGUAGUGUAAAAUCCUUUGUGUGUAGUUACUUCCAUUAGUGAUUUGUGUAGAACUUCUAAUAUGUGUGGCUUUAUCAGAAGAUUGAUAAGCCUGUGGCCUUUAAUGACAUAUUACUACAUUGUGCAAUACUGAUCACAGUAGCACUGCUCCAAGCAUGAAUGAUCGAAAAUUAUAUUUGUCCUCGCUUUUCGGGGGCGGCAUGGCUGGUCUUAGCGUAGAUAUGAUCCUUUUUCCGUUAGAUACAAUUAAAACGAGAUUGCAAUCGGCAACUGGUUUCUAUAAGGCUGGCGGAUUUAAUGGCAUUUAUCGCGGAAUCGGCCCUCAAUUUAUCGGAAGUGUACCUCAGGCGGCGUUAUUUUUUUGUACGUACGAAUUUUUCAAAGCAAAGGUUCAUCCGUUAGUUUCUUCUCGAUAUCACCCUUUCGUUCACAUGGGCGGUGCCGCGAUUGCGGAAGUUAUUUCGUGUCUUAUUAGAGUUCCAGUUGAAGUUGUCAAGCAACGGCGGCAAACUGGAUGCCAUUCACGAUCAUCUAUGAAGAUUGCGAUUGAUGCGUACAGACAGGAAGGGGUGUUUAAAGGGUUAUACAGAGGUUUCGGAUCAACAAUUGCUAGAGAGAUACCGUUUUCAUUUAUACAAUUUCCAUUAUGGGAGUAUCUAAAGGUGGUGUAUCUUAGGAAUGUAAAAAAGCAAAAGGAAUUGCAUUCAUACGAAGUAGCACUUUGUGGUUCCAUUGCAGGAGGAACGGCAGCUGCUUUGACAACUCCACUAGAUGUAGUUAAAACAAGAAUAAUGUUAGCCGAUCAUAAACAUGUGACCAAUUUAAAGGCUUCUGCAAUGUUUCUCACAGUUUACAAUGAAAAUGGUUUACGAGGGCUAUUUGCGGGAUUUGUGCCUCGAGUUAUGUGGAUUACAUUGGGAGGUUGCAUAUUUUUCGGAGUGUAUGAUUUUUCCAGUCGUACCUGUAGUGACAUUCUUGAAACCAAUUUGUUUUCAUGACUUAUUUUAUUAUUGUCAUACAUUACACA